ACGAUGCUGAUGACUCGUCUCGGCCCGCGACUCCCAUGUGUAAGAACUCACCGAGCUCUAAGCCGGCCGACUUUCUCUACGAAAUAAAUUGUGCCGCAGCCACCUCACCACAUGUUAUGCCAGGCACAAUCCUCCUUGCGUUGUUGCUCCCUCACCACUGGUCACUAUUUUAACACGAGCUAUUGCAAUGAACGACAGUAUUGCUUGCACGUACACUUCGUCAUCGCGCCAAUCGCAGUCCCGUCAACUCCCCCGACGUUCAGCGGGUGCCCUGAUUCGGAAAAGAGAGCGCGAUAAAGAAAAUCAGAAGAAGAAACGUGAGCGUGAGCGCGAACAUAUUGCCGGUCUCGAAGCAAAGGUAUUGAGUCUGGAGCAGGAGCUUGCAAAAGCAGAGGCGCAGUGUCAUGGCUAUGCAAAAAGCAUGCAGUCACCUCCGACGGACCAUGCGCUUGCCAACGGCGAUAACUGUAGUGUUUCAAGUGAGGGCGAAGAGCGCAUAGUAAGACCGUGUACAACGGCUAAUGGGGUGUUCGGCGCAUCCGCUCAAUUGUCUAGUGAUAAUCUUCAGGAGGAUAUAGGCGCGAUGCCUCCUCCAAACAAUCACUCUUUACCAUCAACUAUAUUCUCUCCCUUUACAGCACGCUUUACUUCGAUUUGCGAUCCACCCCGGUCCCUACCAGAAAGUGCUGUCGUAUCCCUGGAGCUUUUGAACAGGGUAAUCAAGUCGCCUGAAUGGGACCGGGUACCAGCUUGGAACUUGUCUCAGUCAAGUGGAAGUUACCGAUUCUUCAAUCGCGCAGCACCUUUCGCACCACUCCUUGCGCAGCUACGAGCAGAUCCGGUUAUGAAGUUAGCGUGUCCACCCAUCGCGAAAACGAUGGACCUCUUGUUUGGGGGCUCGAGUAAUCCACUCGCUAACUUUGUACAUUCGGAAAUCGUUGAUCUUCCUUGUCUGCCCCCAGAAAAGUUUGGUAUCAUCUAUUUAGCAUACCUUUACCUCAGGUGGUUGGUUUGGCCCUCCCAAGAGAGUUUCUGCAGCUUUCCAGAAACAUUUCGACCCACCAUACUCCAGCUUGUUCAGCACCACCACCUCACCUUCGACCUCCUUCCGUGGCCGCAGCUGCGAGACAAUUUUAUUCGUCAUAGUCGUCAACACGACUUGGAAUGUGUUGUUGGUCUCUUCUGCUGUUCACUUCGAAUCAAAAAUUGGCGCGGGAUGAGCUUCGUCUAUCGCAAGAAUGACGAGGACCCGCAAGUCAGCGACGACUUCUUACAAAAGAUUCAGGACGUUUCUCAAUGGACCCUUUUGGAGACCUUUUGGAAUGAAUAUCCGGAUCUGGUGCAAGGACUUCACCCUGAGAUCAUGCUCCGACAGGAUGUUCUUGUGUCUAUAGCCAACACAAAUGUUACUUAAACUGGGGAAUACUCAGGCACUAGGCUUUUCAACACGUAUGUUUAUAUCUGGAGAGCUCUCUUACUCUGUUACCAAAGGUUCCUCUAGCAUAAGAACUAUUUAGCCUACUACUAGAACAUAAUAAAUUAUAAGAGCGAUAUUAGGG